AUGGGUAGUAGUAGUGUUGAAUCGUUGUUGGAGAAGCACGCGGUGGUGAAGUGGGUUGUCGGAGUUAUGAUCGUGGGUGUAUCAGUAUUGGGUAUAUAUGCUUCUGGGCCAUUUGGGUUGUGGAAAAGGAAUGGUGGUAGUAGAAGAAGGAACAAAAAACCGAUUCGUGUUUACAUGGAUGGGUGCUUUGAUAUGAUGCAUUAUGGUCAUUGUAAUGCUUUGCGUCAGGCUCGUGCUCUUGGUGAUCAAUUGAUUGUUGGGGUUGUUAGUGAUGAUGAAAUUAUUGCUAAUAAGGGUCCUCCUGUUACCCCUUUACAUGAAAGGUUGAUUAUGGUGAAUGCUGUGAAAUGGGUUGAUGAGGUUAUUCCGGAAGCUCCGUAUGCGAUAACGGAGGAAUUCAUGAAGAAGCUUUUUGAUGAGUAUAAUAUAGAUUACAUUAUUCAUGGGGAUGAUCCUUGUGUUCUUCCUGAUGGAACGGAUGCUUAUGCUCAUGCCAAAAAGGCUGGCCGUUAUAAACAGAUCAAGCGCACUGAAGGAGUUUCUAGCACUGAUAUUGUUGGUCGAAUGCUGCUCUGUGUAAGAGAAAGGACUAUUACCGAUUCCCAUAAUCAUUCUUCUUUACAAAGACAGUUCAGUAAUGGCCGUGGUCAGAAGUUUGACGAAGGUGUUGUUGCUAGUGGAACCCGUGUAUCUCAUUUUCUGCCUACAUCUCGUAGAAUUGUUCAGUUCUCAAAUGGGAGGAGUCCAGGACCCGAUGCACGCAUUGUAUAUAUAGAUGGCGCUUUUGAUCUCUUUCAUGCCGGACAUGUGGAGAUCUUGAGGCUUGCCAGGGCUCGUGGAGAUUUUCUUCUUGUUGGGAUACACACGGAUCAGACAGUCAGUGCAACUAGGGGAUUGCAUCGUCCCAUCAUGAGUCUUCACGAAAGAAGUCUAAGUGUCUUAGCAUGUCGCUAUGUGGACGAGGUUAUAAUUGGUGCACCGUGGGAGGUGUCCAAGGAUAUGAUCACAACGUUUAACAUCUCGGUAGUUGCUCAUGGAACAUGUGCAGAAAAUACUGAUUUUCAGAAGGAACAAUCGAAUCCGUAUGCGGUUCCCAUUAGCCUUGGCAUAUUCCAAGUUUUAGAUAGUCCUUUAGAUAUAACAACUACUACAAUAAUUAGGAGGAUUGUGUCGAAUCAUGAGGCAUACCAGAAACGCAAUGAGAAGAAAGGUGAGAGUGAGAAAAAAUAUUAUGAGAGCAAGACUCACGUGUCUGGAGACUGA